UAAUUCACCUCCUUAUUUUUAUAAGUUGGUUAAAAAUGCAUCCGUUAUAAAAUGUAACAAAACGCAAUCUCUAUCGUUUGUGAAACGAACUUGAAGCGAACUUUGUCACCCGGGUGUGUCCAGACAGUGAUACCAGUGCAAUGAAUGAAUUAUGGUGCCAAAAAUACUUUUCUUUUUUUUUCUCUUUUAACAUAGCAUUACCAGUGUUUAUGUAAAAAUAAAGUUUUAUAUCAACGAAGUAAAUAUUCUUGCAGCAGAAUUACAUGACUUAUGUAUAUAGGAACUGUGAAAAGUUAAAAUAUCUCGAAUGUUCCAAAGCUUUUUUUCACCGGUCACACCUUUGUUUACACCGACUGCAUAAAAAUUGUACUAUAUCCGUCUACGCGUAAUAUAUGUCUAUAUAAUAAUGUCUGGCAAAAUUAUUUCCAGUUCAGUAGUCGACAACUCGACGCGCCGGCGCUCUCCUAUUUGGCAGUCAGCUGUUCGACCUUGUGCGCAAUAAGAAAACCCAAAUCUAAACAUGGAUUUCAGCGAUAAAGUUGUUUUAAUAACCGGUGGCAGUUCAGGAAUUGGAGCGGCCACCGCUAUUUACUUUGCCAACCUGUCAGCCAAGCUGGUAUUAGUUGGCCGUAAAGAAAAUGCCUUGCGAACAAUCGCUGCAUAUUGUGAGAACGCAAAAGUAAAACCUUUCACUAUUACCGCGGAUGUUACUCAGGACGCAGACGUAGAAAGGAUAAUAGACGAUGCCGUGGGACAUUUCGGGAAGUUAGACGUGCUGGUCAACAGUGCCGGCGUAUUGAAGCCGGGUGGAAUGAAAAAUUCCAAUAUGGAGAACUAUGACAUAGUAAUGUCUACGAAUAUGCGCGCUAUUUACCACUUAACAAUGCGUGCUACGCGUCAUCUCGUUCAAAGCAAAGGCUGCAUAAUUAACGUGUCGAGCAUAUCUAGUACGAAGCCUAACGCUCUAACUAUCGCUUACAACGUUUCGAAGGCCGCAUUGGAUCAGUUUACUAAAUGCGUAGCGCUGGAACUGGCGGCGGACGGUGUUCGCGUCAACUCUGUGAACCCUGGAUUUGUGAAAACGAAUAUCCGGAGUGACGAAGGGUUAUCGGAAGACCAGUUGGAGCUGGUCGUGCAGAAUAUUGUCAACAAUAUGCCUCUGAAGAAGCUGAUGCACGCGGAUGAGGUUGCUGGCGUCAUCGCGUUUUUAGCCAGUGACAACGCUAGAAGCAUUACUGGAUCUUGUUUCGUAAUAGAUGGUGGUAGCUUAUUGAAGUAAGGCCAUACGAUAUAAAAGUACAAAGUACAAAACCUAUGUACUUAAUCUUAAUUAGAUUUGUUUGCGGUUCAGAACCUAAACGUAUUUAAAGUCUUUCACAUAAUAAUGUAUUAUUAUGUUAGUUUAGUGCCGUUGAUGAAUUAUGUAUUCCUUUAUUAAUAAAGAAUUGUACGCUCUA